UCUCUCACUGCAGUAGAGUCCAUCCAACGCAUCCGACGAUGUCCUACGUUUUUGUGAACGACUCUUCACAGACUAAUGUGCCCUUGCUUCAAGCCUGCAUCGAUGGAGACUUCACCUACUCCAAGCGGCUUUUGGAAAGUGGCUUCGACCCAAACAUUCGUGACAGCAGGGGUAGAACAGGCCUUCACCUUGCCGCGGCCCGAGGGAAUGUGGACAUCUGCCAGCUGCUACAUAAAUUUGGUGCUGAUCCUCUGGCCACAGAUUACCAGGGGAACACUGCCCUCCACCUGUGUGGCCACGUGGACACCAUCCAGUUCUUAGUUUCCAACGGACUCAAAAUUGAUAUCUGCAAUCAUCAAGGCGCUACCCCCUUAGUUCUGGCAAAGCGCCGGGGUGUGAAUAAGGAUGUCAUCCGGUUGCUGGAGUCUUUGGAAGAGCAGGAGGUGAAAGGCUUUAACAGAGGCACACACUCGAAGCUGGAGACCAUGCAGACGGCGGAGAGCGAAAGUGCCAUGGAGAGCCACUCCCUGCUCAACCCCAACCUCCAGCAAGGCGAAGGAGUCCUGUCCAGCUUCCGGACCACGUGGCAGGAGUUUGUGGAGGACCUGGGCUUCUGGAGGGUCUUGCUCUUAAUCUUGGUCAUUGCUUUGCUAUCUCUGGGCAUCGCCUACUAUGUGAGCGGGGUGCUGCCCUUUGUGGACAACCAGCCUGAGCUGGUGCAUUGAGUUCUUAGAAUAUUUCUUAGGGCAAAGCAGCAAGGGCUGUUUUCGUUUUGGAUUUUUACUUGCCGAGGCCCUUUGAGAAGAAUGAUGUGUUCCUUUGAACUUCAUCCUGUGGUUGGUUAUACUGCAUCCCGAUGAUACCUCUGAGGCAGCCUAUGGUUAGAGACUUAUCUGCCCAGGCUUGUGUGAUCAAAUGUGGCAAUGACCAGAGCUCCAGGCAGAGCCAGAGGCCCCCAGCAGGGCCCCGACCUGAGGGAGGAGCAGUGAGCACUGGAAGGCAGGCUGUUUGUUCUGUGAUUCCAUUUCGUUAGUGGAUUUGUUUUCUUUCUCGUUCAGUUUUUGCACGAGCCCUGUUCUGUUUUUAUUUACUUUCCUGGGAAGAGGAGAGAGUGAACACUUUCAGCUUACAUUUUUAAUUCUUUUUCCCUCACAACCUAAAUGACAAAUUAGAACUGUUAGAAACUUUGAGUUUUAAAGGAUAUUUUCAAGCUAGUCAGACAGCAGAUGGGUUUUGAAUGUUAGCUGUCUUCUCUGGAUUGAUUUGAUCUGAUGUGCGGUUGCUGUGGGAAAAUUUUGAUUCAUUCUAAAGUGAUUAUUUGCAGUGUCUGAAAGUUCACUUUCCUCACUUCCCAGUCUCCUCCCACUUUUACUUUUGAUAUGUCCUAUUCAGAAAAAUAUCAGGAAAUCCUUUGUAGUGAGUAGUCAGUAGAGAAAAGGAAUCCUCCCCUUCACUGUCACCGUAACUGUCGAGGCACUGAGACUUAGUCCUGUGAGCCAGCUGUGUCACAUGCAUGUCACAGUUAACCCUUGAUCCCAGUGAACGCCGUCCAGGUCAGCAGUGGCCAGCAGUGGGAGCGGGGGAGUAUUUCUGAGUUAAGAGCUCUGAACAAUAUCGUGCUGGUGCCAUGGUGCCAGUCUGCUGUGCAUAGGCGCAUUAUGUGAGUAGGAACCUGGACCCCAAACUAUGCUGCAGCUUCCAACAGUGUGAUUGACAGCCCCCUUUGUCUGUGCUUCUGUAAUAUAGAAAGCGUGUCUUUGUGUUAUUGUGGAGUGUGGAGGCUAAUAAUUUUUCAUUGAGGAAAAUCUGAAACCCGUGGUGAAGAACUGAUGGUUUUGUUUUCUAUAGCGAAGUCGCCACUAGUUGACUGCGUAGAGUGGGCCCUUCUGCCAGCCCCUCGCUUGCCGGCAUCUUCCCCUCUGCUUUUACAUACCAGGCUUGACACUGUUCUUUCAUGUGGCUUUAUCCUAGCUGAAGGAACUGCUUUACAGCUCCCGACUGGCUGCUUCAGAACCAGCCUGUAGUCUUGCUCUUACUUAGUCACACGUGGUGGAAUGCCAGGAGGGAAAGCAGGCUUCUGCCCAGAGGUUCACGGGUUAGAACGGAAUGCUUUAGGAGUGGUUUUCCCUCUGUAAAUCUUAACGCAUGUAAUAUGGAAAUGCGCUGCGUCUAAGAUCCCUGCUUCCUGCCCAGUGCUGGUCUCUUUGCAUUGUGUGCUCUGCAUUAUUCAUUCAGCAAUGCCACCAAUAAAUGCAUCAGUAAAUCCUUA